AUGAUCCUCAAAGGGAGGGGAUACACGACUGAGGAUAUUGUUGGUGUCAGUGUCUUGUUGCUUCGCUGCAAAUACAAUGAGCAAGAGUUUAUCAAUUUGGGAUGGUUUGUUUCGAAUGAAUAUGUUGAUGAGGAAUUGAAGGAGAAUCCACCAGCACAACCAUUGGUUGAUAAGGUAUUUUAUUAUUGUGCUCAGAAAAUCCGGAAAAAUUGCUCGAAGAAGUUUCUGGAUUCCCUAUGUAAUUUAUUAUUUUAUCUCAUUCGCAAGGUUGAAAUUGAUGAUCUUCGUGUCACAACUCAUUCAAUCAAAUGGAUCGAAGAAGAAGCUGCGGAUGAAUUCCCAGAAGCCAAUGAAAGUGUCGGACAUUUUUUUUCGUUUCUUUUGUUCGAUUUCAGGAAAAGUUAUCGAAAUUUUUUGUUGUUGAAAAAACUGUGA